CAUUCUCAUUUUGUCAAAAAGUGUGGGACACUAAAGCCCGGGGAUAUUUGCACACUUCUCUUCUGCUUCGCCACCCAAAAAAAAAAAAAAAAAAGCAAAACAAAACAAAAACAGAGAGAUGGAGAUUGAGAAUGAAUUUAAGCUAUCAAAAUUCAAGAGAAUUUGUGUGUUUUGUGGAAGCAGUCCCGGGAAGAAGACCAGUUAUAAAGAGGCUGCUAUUGAGCUUGGCAAGGAAUUGGUUGCAAGAAACAUUGAUCUGGUUUAUGGAGGAGGGAGUGUGGGUUUGAUGGGUUUGAUUUCACAAGCUGUUUAUGAUGGUGGUCGCCAUGUCAUUGGAGUUAUUCCCAAGACACUCAUGCCUAGAGAGAUAACUGGAGAAACAGUGGGGGAGGUGAAGGCAGUAGCAGACAUGCACCAAAGGAAGGCAGAGAUGGCUAGGCACUCUGACGCUUUUAUUGCCUUACCCGGUGGUUAUGGGACUCUUGAGGAGCUUCUUGAAGUGAUAACUUGGGCACAACUUGGCAUCCAUGACAAACCGGUGGGUUUGUUGAAUGUGGAUGGAUACUACAACUCCUUGUUGUCGUUUAUUGACAAAGCAGUGGAGGAAGGCUUCAUUUGCCCAAGCGCGCGCCAUAUCAUUGUCUCUUCUCCUUCUGCCAAGGAGCUAGUCAAGAAGUUGGAGGAGUAUUUUCCGCGCCAUGAAAGAGUUGCUUCAAAGCAAAGCUGGGAGAUUGAGCAAUUAGGAUACUCCCCAAAGUUGGACAUCUCAAGGUGAACAGAUCAUUCACAUUUUGGGCAGGAAACAAAGAGAAAAUAGCCCAUUGGUGUGAUGGUGAAAUGGACUAAUUUUAGGUGACUAAAACAUUGUUGAAGUGGAAUUUGCUUUCUUUUUUGUUCCUUUGUUGCCCACUUCUGUUAGUGUAAACUUAAAAAGGUUGACUCUUUAAAAAGUUGGUAGAUUUGAUUCCCUCCCCUUUUUUUUUUUUUUUUAAUGCAUAGUUGGUUCUCUAGUGCUUACUUUGGUUGCCCAGAAGUCAACAAUAAAGAAAAACAUAACCAAAAAAAAUAUAUAU